GGUGAUCGUGACGGAAGAGGUCUGGUUUGAUUUUUUCAUUCCUGAUUACAACGGCACUGGCCAGGAUUUCAGAGAAAGAAUAACCAUAGCCUGUUUUGGGAAACUAACUCCCAUAACGUGUUUGAACUUUAUUUCUCUUGCCGUAGGUUACACAAAAGGAAAGACGUAUAUGGGCUAUAAGGGAACUACAGUUCAGAAAAUUACUCGAGACUUCAUGAUUCAGCUUGGAGAUGUGAAAACUAAGCACGCUAGUGGUAUUAUAUUUGGCACAACUUUCCAGGAUGAAAGCUUCGCACUGAGUCACAGCCGUGCAGGUUGGGUCGGCAUGGCCAACUUCGGACCAGACACAAAUGGUUCUCAGUUCUAUAUUUUACUUCGUUCUGCAAAAUGGUUGGAUGGCAAGCAUGUUAUUUUUGGGAAGGUCAUUAAGGGAAUGGAUGCACUUCAGAAACUGGCUGAGGAGGAAACAGAAGCAACACACAAACCGUUAAGAGAUAUCGUUGUGGAAAACUCUGGGAUUGUACACAUUUCAGCCCCGUAUAAACUGACAGCAGCACAGCUGGACACUGAUGGCGACAUUGACAUUGAGAGGCACUAA